UAGAAAUUUAUUACCUUUCUUGGCGAUUGCAAUUUAAACGCUCGGUUUAAAUUCGUUCGCUACAAUUUUGUAUUAGCUAUUGCUGACGCUAAAAUGACAUCAAAUUUAAGAACUGAAGGUGCUGAACAAUCGAAUGAUGAUGUGAAGUUGGAAGAAAACCCGGUCAAGACUUCAAGGCCAAGUCUAGCCACUAUUCCAUUACGAUCAGUUAUGUUAUUUUUGGCAGCAACCGUUCUUACUGCGAUACUAAUUGAGCUGCUGCCGCAUUACAAACGCUAUUCCAACAAGGAAAAUUCAAUUAAUGAGACAAAUAUUACGGAUUCGCGUUAUCCAACGUAUGCAAUUUACAGCCAAGAUCCCGUAGAGGAUCACUUGGUGCACGUGGUGCAUGUGCUGCAUAAAUUCGGCUAUAAACGGGUUCAAUUCGAAGAAGGCGGUUGGGAUCUCUUGUGGGCCCAUGAUUAUCCCUUUCGCGUACUGCCAAAUCUGAAGAAUCUUGCUACCGAUCAGUUGGUCAAUCAUUUUCCAGGCUGUGGAUAUCUGACGAACAAAGUGGAUCUCUGUACGACUCGUUUACCAUUUCUGCCACGCGCCUUCCGUCUUCCCCAACAGCGGGAUGAGUUCUUGGAGUACGCUGAAGCUAAUCCGGAAGCGCUCUUCGUGCAAAAACACAAUGAACAUCGACAUAUCAAAGUGCGACCACCAACUGAGAUUGCCUUCAACUCGAAUGAUUCGUUUGUGCAGGAAUUCAUACAGAAACCCUUCCUGGUUGAUGGCCAUAAGUUCGAUAUUGGCAUUUAUGUUGUCAUCACAUCCAUCCAUCCAUUACGCGCUUAUAUCUACACUGGAGAUGUGCUCUUCCGCUACUGUCCUGUCAAAUAUUAUCCCUUCGAUGCCGACAAUCUGGAUAAGUAUGUAGUAGGCGACAAUUACUUGCCCACCUGGGAAGUACCCUCGUUGGGAAAGUAUUACAACAGUUAUGGCGGCAGCAUGCGUAGCGCCUUUGAGGCUUAUGUGCGAGAUCAAUCCAUGGAUCCAUCGAUAAUAUGGCCACAAGUUGAGCACAUUAUACGUUCAACACUCUUGGCCAAAGAGCAAGAUAUUGUUAGCUCUUUGCGCACAUAUAAAACACACAAUUUUUUCGACCUGUUGCGCUUUGAUCUCUUCAUCGAUGAGAACCUUAAGGUUUAUCUGAUGGAAGCCAAUAUGUCGCCGAAUCUUUCGUCGGCUCACUUCAAGCCAAACUCCUUGCUUUACGAACAAGUGAUAUAUAGUGUCUUCAAUCUCGUGGGCAUUCUUCCAGUGGCUGAAACAGGAGUUAGUCGAAACAUACCUUCUGAGAUGGUAACUGCCGACAAGAAUUUGGUCACUGACCUCAACAAAUGUGCAAAGUAUAAUUGCGACAAGUCGUGCAAUAGAGACGAAUGUGAUUUGUGUUUACCUUGCCUAAGUGGCUCACAAUAUGACUGGCUGAAGCGAGCACACGAAGAGCAUCUGCAUCGCGUUGAUAUGAAGCGCAUUUUCCCAAAGCCCAUACUGGACAUGAAUUCUUUUGAUAUUGACAGCGAGACCAAAAACAUGUCGAAGCGCAAUGAAUGGAUAACUCGUUGGUUUUACAAUAAAUGCGCAUACGAUCGCACCUGGUGCACGUGAUAACAAAAACCAUUUAAACACUUCAUCAUUAACACAACACAUUAUAAUGUAUGUAUCACAAAUCUCUUUAAAAGUUUUCAUACAAAAAUUAGAAUCUAUGUUGAGGCCAUUUAGACAAUACUUGGGAACGUUUUUAACUGUUCGCUAGUCUGUUUUCCGUCCGCAAGUGCUCAUCUUCAAGAUACUUUUAGCAUACAGUUUAAACGAAUGUUCAAUAUUUAUUUAAAUCAAUUUCUAUGUGGGCCUAGGACAUUAAAUGUUAUGUCUACAUAGUAUAAUGCGAAUAUGUCUCUUUUUCUAUUUUUUUUUUCCUUUUUUAAGACAAUUAAAUUCGUCUGUUCGUUGAAUUUUUGAAAGUGGGCUUUUAGUAUUUUGUUUUCAAUUAGAGGCUUCAUUUUAUGUUGUUAAGCUGAUUUAAGGAAUGUAUCCAAUGUAUACUUAACUUAACCCAUGAAACGUUUACUGCUAAUAUUCGUUAGCAUUAUGAGAAUGAUGACGAAAUAGAGUCGUUAAAUACGGUGCAAGACACAGUUAGUUUGGGGAUCAAGACAUUCAUCUCUUUUUUCUGAAUAGUUUUUUAGUAUGCAGUUAAACACUGCAUUUUAGGGGAUAGUUAAUCAUCGCAAUCGUAUACAUAACUUAUAAGAUUUAACUCUAAAAGUGGUGCCUUAACAUGCUACUAAGUGGAUACUAGUACAAUUAUUAUAUUUAUCUAAUUAUUACUAAUAAUUU